AACACAAAUGUUGAAGAAAUGGGACCAGCAGCAGAUGGUAAUGACAUCUUCUGUAGCUAUGUUGAUGACUGCUCUGCAACUCCUACUCGUGUCACUGAUGUAUCAACUGCGCCGGAUAAAUCUACGUCUAAGAAGAGAGGCUACAAUGCCAUUUACUUGAGGCACAAGCAACCGAAGAGAGUCAGAAUACAAAUGGAAGAUAAAUCCAAAGGAGAAAUAAUUAUUGGUGGCAAGCGCACGAAAUCUCCAAAACCUGUAAAAUUGAAAGAAACUAGGUCAUCCAAGUGUGCUACUGCUCAAAAGUUGCCCAAUGUUGGAUGUUAUAACAGAGUUUCUGUUCGAAAAGUACAAAACGAUACACAAGCUCAAUCCAUGAAACAAGAUCAGAAGGCACAUGGAGAUAUUUUAGGAAAGCGCAAUAAAUCUGUUCAUCGAGUAGGGCCUUCUGAUUCUACCCUGCGAUGGCAUGCACAACCUCAGAUUGAUUGGAGCAAAGAUGUAUCCGACAAUAUUAAAGACAAGGAGGAAUGGUGGGAAGAAGAAACCAAACUGUUCUGUAAACGAGCAAAUUCUUUCAUUGCCUGCAUGAAUCAAGUCCAAGGAAAUAGACAUUUCUCAGCGUGGAGAGGUUCCAUAGUGGACUCGGUUGUUGGGGCAUUUUUAACUCAAAAUGCUAAAGAUCAGUCAUCAAGGUAAGAUGUUAUUACUCCUUGAUCUGCUUAUAUUGUCCUAUGGAAAACGGUAAAUGUGGACCUCUUGUUGGUGUGCAGUUCUGCCUUUAUGUCACUUGCUGCAAAAUAUCCGACUAUUCAAAAGGAGCAAGCAUGUGAUUAUGCAAGGAACGAAAAAAAUGUGAGAAGCAUUGUUGGUUGGGAUUUUUUAGAGUACAUUUAUUACACCAGAGGAACAACAAAAGAGAGAAGUAAUGAUACAAUGGACUCUUUAGACUGGGAAGCUGUUAGAGAAGCACCUCUAACUGAAAUUUCAAAAAGCAUUUUCGGAAGAGGAAUGAACAAUAAGCUCGCAGAACGCAUCAAGGGUUUCCUUGAUAUACUGAAGAGAGAUCAUGACAGCAUUGAUCUCGAAUGGUUAAGAGAUGCCCCCCCGGAAGGAGUGAGGAAGUAUCUGUUGAGCAUAGAUGGAAUUGGCUUGAAAUGCGUUGAGUGUGUGCGGCUUUUAGCACUGAAGCAGCGUGCCUUCCCAGUUGAUACUAAUGUUGCUCGGAUAGUUGUGCGACUUGGUUGGAUCCCUAUUCAGCCAUUGCAUUGGAAGCUUCAACAUCAUCAUCUAAAGAGGUCAGAAUAUAACACAUAAGUAGAGAGAGAAUUUCGAUUGAGGGAUCCUUCAAAUAAUGUGAAACUAGAACCUUCAGAUCGUACUUGAACAUCUAACAUUCUUUCUGCGUAGGUACUCGACUGGUAAAUUCAAUACAUAAAUAUAUUUGGCCAAGGCUGUCUGCCC